GGGGGGAGGGGCCUCUGCUUUCUCUUCUAUCAUCUCCUUUCCACUGUAACCCGUAUAUAUAUAUAUAUAUAUAUCCACCCAUUUCUUCAUCCCUUUCAUCUUUCAAUGGAUUCCCAGUCCACCCAGCUUGCUGCUGUUCUUGGUCCCGACCUUGCUUCUUUUCAAACUCUUCUCUCCCACCUUAUGUCCUCCUCUAACGACCAAUAUCGCAGGCUAAACUUGUCUUCAAUUUAUGCAAGCAGACCCAUCCUGAUUCUCUCUCUCUCUCUCUCAAGCUCGCUCAUCUCCUUCAGUUCUCUCCCAAAGCCGAGGUCCGUGCCAUGUCUGCCGUUCUCCUCCGCAAGCAGCUAACUCGCGACGAUUCCUACCUCUGGCCUCGCCUAAAUCCUUCCUCUCAGUUCUCUCUCAAAUCCAUACUCCUCUCAUGUAUUCAAAGCGAGGACUUCAAAUCCAUAUCGAAGAAAUUGUGUGAUACGGUCUCCGAGCUGGCUUUCGGAAUCUUGCCGGAUAGUGGCUGGCCAGAAUGGUUGCCGUUCAUGUUUCAGUGCGUAUCGUCGGAUUCCCUCAAGCUGCAGGAAUCGGCUUUCUUGAUUUUUGCCCAGCUUUCGCAUUCUACUGGGGAUACCUUGGUGCCCCACAUUAAGCACUUGCACGGUGUGUUUUUGCGGUGCUUGACGUCAGCCUCCUCAAGCACUGAUGUGAAGAUUGCGUCUUUCAAUGCUGUUAUCAGCUUCAUACAGUGCUUGUCCAACUCUGCUGAUCGUGACAGGUUUCAGGAUUUGCUGCGACCGAUUACGCGGACACUAAUGGAGUCGUUGAAUAACGGGCAGGAGGCACCGCGCAAGAGGUACUUCAACUGCUGAUCGAAUUGGCCGGGAUGGAGGCGAGGUUUUUAAGGCGGCAAUUAGUGGAUAUAGUGGGGUUGAUGCUGCAAAUUGCAGAAGCUGAAUCGUCGGACAAAGGAGCGAGGCACUUGGCGAUUGAAUUUGUGUUCGCUCUCGCAGAAGCCAGGGAGCGGCAGUUUUGGUUCGGCUCAGCUAAUCUUCAAUUUUUCCAAAAAUUUAUUUACACUGUUGGUGUAGGACCCUAACUUGGCUGUUAUCCGAGAGAGUAUGGGCAAUGCCCCAAGACUCAAUGGAUACUUGAUUGUGGUCUCUCAUUCUCUAUAAGUUGUGUACGGUUUUGACAGGUUGUUCCACCAUGGUUAAACUGCCUACCAA